AUGCACAGUAUUAAAAUGUUGAUUUUUGAAAUAUAUGAUUGGUAAACAUAAAUUUCAAAUCAAGGAGCUUUAAGAACUCUAAUGAUAAAAUUAUAAAAACUGUGGAGUGUUGAAAGGGUUGAAAAUAUGAUGAGGCAAAUCAAUUUAUGUAUUUUGGUAGAAACUCCAUAUAUGAUGGAAAUAAUAGUUUAAGUGUUGCCUAAAAUGAUGGAAAGCCUCUGA